UUUUUUUUUUUUUUGGAAGUAUUUUUCUCUCUCUCCCUCUCUCUCAAUUCUGAUUGAUUCCAUUCUCUCUCCCACCCUCCUUCCCCUUCCCAUUCAAUCUGCUACCAGAUUUCAAACCUAGCAGUUGAAAAUCUCAGACCUCCUCUUCAAUGGCAGAAAGCAUAGACUACUACUAUAACUACUCCCAAACAGAGCGCAUUGUCCUUCUCAUAGAUCUCUACCCACUACUUCACCUCCAAAACCCUAACCCAUAUCUCUCCACAAUCCUCACCGCUUCCCAAACCCUCCUUCUCUUCCCUUCUCUCUCUUCCUCUCUCUUCGCCUUCAAGCUCUUCUUCUCCUCUCUCUCCCCUCUCCUCUCCUCCUCCUCCCUCCAUCGCCUCCUCCACAUACCCUCCACCACCUAUCUCUCCUUUAACCGCCCUUCUCAAACACUCGAUUCACUCUCCAAAACCCUCAAUUCUCUCUCUAACUCCCCAAUUUCUACGGAAUUUGCGAUUUCGCCGCCUCGUGCCUCACAUGUGGCCGGUUCUUUGCUUCACCUCGUGCAUGAUUAUGCUUGGGAUGCACAAAGUGAAAAUCUUUCAGGUAGGUUGAACAAUUUUCCCGCUGUUCGAUCCAAUUUGGUUCUUUUGCUGUCGCCGAUUGGUAGAUCGUUGAAAUGUUUAUCUGAAUUUAUGAUUGUGGGUAUCGGUAAUGAAUUGUUGAGCAAUGUAGAUUCAUUUUGUAAGAAUUUUCAUGAUUUUUUUGGUGCUGUGAAUGAUGCAUAUUGUAACAGAGAUAUUCACUGUAGUUGGAUUGAUGUUAAGUUUGAUGUGGAGUGUAAUGAAGAAAAUGUGGAGAUUAAUGAAUCUGUUUUGCAAUUUGGGUUUCUUGAGAACGGAAUUAGGAAUUUAGGUUGGGGAUUUUGUUCUACUGACUCAAUCAUUUUGGGUUCUGCUAUUAUUCCAUUUGGAUUGAUAUAUCCAAUUAUUGGAACUUCAUUCAGUUGUCUCAAUUUUAACGAUUUUUGUAAACCUAUUCAUGCACAACUGACUCUUGAGAUCUCGGAUGUGAGUGGAAAGCCUUUAGAAUGCAAGUGCUGUGAUCUUGAAUUGCUCAAUUUGAAGGAGCUACCUAGACUUAUGCCUGCUGAUAUUAUGCAUACCCUUGAAUUUAGAAACUCGGAAAGUGAAUCACUUGAACAAGAUAAAAGAUUUUGGGAUCAUUUUGGUGAUGGAAUUACAAAUCUUCAUAUUAAAUCUGUUCAGAAAUGUAAUGAGAAUGUGAGAACUGAGGGCUGCUCAUCCAAUCUCAUUUUAAUACGAGGACACUCAGGAGAAUCAGGGAGAAGUACGAAGAAAUGUUGUAGCAGUUUCUUUGCUGAUAGGGUUCUUGAAGUACUAUCUAGUGAAAUGGGUCAGCUCAUUGAUAGAAAAACCAUGCCUAUAUGGCAAAUUCUGUUAAGUUUUCUCUGUAGGAAAGGUUACAUGGCUUUGGUGUCUCUUUCAAAAGGAAAUGGAGAUUCAUUCAUGGGUAUGCUCAAGCCCUUUACAGCUCAUUUGGCUAUUCUCUCUAUUAUAGAUGAUUGGCAUGUGAUGGAACCUGAAUUUCGUGGAUCAGUAGCUUCGUCAUCAAAAAAUAAUUUCCCUCUAAGUGAUCAAAAUAGAAAAAAGAACAAAAAACAUGUGUACCAGGACCUCACCUGGAUCUCCUUCUGUAAUGCAGCAUUUGAAUUCUCUGAAUUGGAGCUGGAGGAGGCUUACUUUGCCAGAAGAUUUAGUAAAUCAAAGAAGUUGAAGUUUUUGAAGUGCUGGAUGAAACAGAUGAAGAAGUCUGGCUCUGGUUGCUUAACCGUACCUGAUGAAUCCAAGUCAUGCCAACAUAUUGAAAGAGAGAUAGGUGAAAGACUAAUUGGAACAGACCAAGAAAGCAAACAACCAAUCCCUUCAUAUUUUCCAACUGGACCUUCUAAAAUACAGGAGGGAUCUUCUUUAGUUUCUUGUUCAGAAACUUUGGAAGCCUUUUUCGGUAAUCUUCCUAAGAAGAUUCAAGAUGGUCUUGAAUCCAAAGGAGUGGACUUGCAGAUCUUGGCUGAGAGAAUUGUGAACUUGUCCGUUUAUUGGUUAUACCAGAGGAAUGAAUCUGAUAAUAGCAUGGAGAGUCAAACCCCAUUGGUAAAAUCAGAUGGUUCUCCUGGCAAGAUAGUUGCUGGAAAUCUAAUAAAACUUCUGCUAAAGGAGCCCAAGGAAUUGAAGGAAAAGCACAAGGAUAAUGAUCCAGCCUUUACAGCAUCUGAUCCAGGAUCUACCAGUUUUGUUUCUGAAAUUAUAGUUAGAGAACAUGAAUUCCAGAUUUUGCUUCGUAUGGAGAUACUCCGGUCAGAGGUUGCAGAGAGCAUUGAAGCUUCUACAAAACGCAAGCUCAUGAAGCAGAUUUGCUUGCUCCUAGAAAUCAUUCAGUACCUUGUGGAAGGAGGCUUUCACGGCCGUUUGAGCCUUUAUGAUUAUGUCGAAAAAACCAUCAAAAUGAGGUAUCAUCAUGUUCUUGGAAAUGUGGUAAAUAAAAUCUAUGCACAAAUGGAUCUGUUGCCAUAUGUUGAUGAGAAUGAAUCCUUGAUUCUGCUACUCAACAGUGAGGAUAGCAAUCACUCGUGGAGAGAUAAAGACAGAUAUGUAACAGCUGAAACUAAUAAAAUUCAUGAAUCAAUCUCAGCAGAAGAUGAGUCUUCCCAACCACUGGAACAUGACAUGGACAGUCCUCGCAAUGUUAAGAGAGAGGAUCAUGCCCGUAAGUUAAGUGAGGCUCAGGAGAGGAGAGAAAGGGCUCGCAGGUUUGUUUCUUUCACAACUUGGGUGCCAGAUUUGCAGAGGGUUUGGGCCCCGAAGCAACCCAAGGCAAUGAGAGCAAAAUCUGAGUCUCUACAGAAGCAAUCAAAGAGGAAGGAACGACACAGGGGAAACCAUGAUAUAGUCUGUGAGACCCCAAUGAUGGGGAAGAAACAUAAUGGGAGUAAACCCUCUGGUUCUGUUUCUAAGGCAUUGUUUCAAGAUGACCGGUGAUGCUAGAUCCACACUCCACAGCAACAUUGCUGAUUUGCCUGGAUAGGGAAUUACAUACAAAUUUUUUUUUUUUCAUAAAUUUACAUGGAAUAACAAUUAGCUUUCGUGCUUGUGCCAAUGUAAUAUGACAGGCAUACAUUAAGAUUAACUGAUCUUAUGCAUUAGAGUUUACUUCUUGUUCCAUUCUGUACUUAAAUGGAAUGCCACUGUAAAAUGGUAUUAACUAUUAACAUUUUUAAUUGUAAAAGAUUUGAUCAAAGAAUUGAUCAAGACCAUUGAAUUGUUUAAUGGUAAAAGAUUGAAAACCGGGGCAACUAGUUAACCCUCCUAUUUCCAUCCCACUUCCCUCACUCUCUCUAUUUCGUCUCUCCCUCUUCUUCUCUUCCUCUGUGUAACCCUUGAUUUCCAUUAACAAGAAGAAGCAUCUGCUGGGUUCCAUUGUUGAAUCUCUGUAUAACCCUUGAUUUCCAGCAAUAAUGGAACUACAAGUCUCUGUUGGAUUCCAUCGUUGAAGUAAGUUCUCUCGAACUAGAUAUCAAGUAUGGAGCUCUCUCUCUCUCUCUCUCUCUCUCAAUCGAUUUUUGGCAUGUGCUAACUGCCUCUUUCUUUUCAUGAUCGAUCAAUUUCUCCAUCUCCUUCACACUUCUAAAAUCAAUUCUAUUUAUGCUUCUUGUAGCCAUAGUUUUAUUUUUUAAGUAACUUGUAGAGUAUGUGGUGUUUUAAUAAUUCACACACAUGCACACUUGCAUUGCAAGUUCCUUUUCUUUUUUUCUUUAUUCUUUUUUUUGCUUUCUGUUAAAUUUAUGGUUUUAGGUAUGUUUUGUUUCAUCAGAAAAUUGCAUAAUUUGAACUUGUGUAGUUGUCUUGGUGCUUGAUUUGAAACUAUUCUGUAGAUAAUCUAUGGUUUUGGGUGCUAUUUGAAUUUACCAUUUUGCCUAUGAAAUUAUGCUCUCGUGGGUGCCAUUUCUGUCAAAUAAAUCUAACUAGCAUUAUUGAUUGGACUAAACAAAGAUAAAACUCAACAUUUAUAUAUGAAAUUGAAGAUCAAUUUCUAUGUAAUUAGUUUUAACUACUUUGGUGUUAUGUUUUUCAGUUGAUCACUUAUGAAUAUGAUUGUUAAAACCCUUCUGAUUGAAACAAUUAAGAAUUUGUGUUAGUUUGAGAAUUUCGGUUGUUCAUUAUAUGCUAUUAUUUUUUUGAGUAGAUCAAGUAGUUAGAGCAAUUCUAGCAGUGACUCUGGUUCUUCUUCAAUAGGUAAAUGAUAUUUGUUUUGUUUUCAUCUCUACAUUUAAUUGUAAUUCAACUUCCAUUAAAGGGUUACUGGUUGAUUGUGAAAAUACAUUUAUUAAUUGAAUCUGAUACUCCACUCACAGAUUCCAAUAGUGAUAGCUCCUCUGUUAGGAAUUGAGUGGAUUCAAUUAAGGACUUGAUAUCAUGCUUAUUCCGCUUGGUUUUCUAAGCCCAUUACAGUCACCCAUUUACAUUAUUUUAUACAUAAAAUAUAAUAGACUGAACUGAACAAGCAUGAGAUAUUAAAAUGUUAGGAAUUAUGUGUCCUUUUUGUUCUUUGAGUGAUUACAUUGAAUUUUUGUGUUAGUUAUUUAUGAAAUUCAACCUGUGAUGCUAUGAUGUUGAACUUGAGCGAUUGCUUCCUCAUGAAUUUUUUUAUACAAUAUUAGAUGAUGAUUCUCAUAUGGCUGGGUUUUAGAUGAUGAUAUAUAUAUAUAUAUUUCUGGAUUUCCUCAAUUCACCCUAUUACUUAAGCACAUUUAUUGCUUGAUGAAAGCCCAUCUCUUGUAUGUAAGCUAAUUGACAUAUCUCUAAUUUUCAAA